AACAGCUGGGUUUAGGGCACGCCAUUUGCCCAGCCAGUUGUCCCUUCUCCGUCGUCCCCGCCCUCUCUGUCCCCCAAGGCCAAGGACACCGACGUCCUCCCUCUUCUCCUCCUCUUUGGUGCCUCCAGCCAGGAGGCGGGAGUGACCCACAGCAGCUGACCCAGCACCGGCACUGCCUCUUGCACUGCCCUCGGACACACCAUGGGCCCAGAGGCAGGUUUGCAGCACAGCAGCGACGACGCAGGCGGCAGCCUCGGCGACUCUCAGCUGCCUCCCUGACCACCGCGACCACCGCCCAGCACCCCGAAAAGCCAUCGCCACCAACGGCAGGUGAAUCUAGGGCCCCCCAAAUCAUCUCGGCGAUAGACAGGCUACAACAACAACUAUGGCGGGCGAGGGGCGGAGGGCGGAGCAGGUGAUAGACGGAUGGGAGCUGCACGUGACACCCAGGCCCCCCCUGCGGGAGGGUCGGCGCCGGCUCGCCCCUCAAAAUGGCGGCGGCGGUGACGCGCCUGCGUACGGAACUCCACCGUCGCGCCCUGGACGGCGGGAAGUGAGGUUUUCGGAAGAGCCACCGGAAGUGUACGGCGACUUCGAGCCCCGCGUGGCCAAAGAAAAGUCCCCGAUGGGAACACGAAUCCAGUUAGAAGAGUUCCGGCCCUCUCCCUCAAAAGAAGAAGUGAGAGAAAGCGCCUACUACCUUCGGUCCCGGCAGCGGAGGCAGCCGCGAGUCCAGGAAACCGGAGAGAUGAAGACGCGAAGGGCUACCGCCCUCCUCCAGCAGCAGCAGCACUUACAGCAGCCUCCGCCACAGCCAUCACCGGUUAUGACCCGGAGAGGGUUACGGGACUCUCAUUCCUCUGAAGAGGAAGAACCAUCUCUGCAAACUGUUUUAAGCCAGGCAGUCUCAAAGAAAACUACCAGGAAAACACAAGAGACACCAGUGUUGAGUGAAGAUCCUUAUUUCAGCCUGCUUAGACCCCCUCUAAGAAGUUCAAGAUCUGAUUCAGCAUACAAAACAAAUGGAAAUACUGAAAUGAGUGAAUUAGAAGCCAACAGUGUCCAACAGAAGGUCAUUUUCUCUGAAGAAGGGGACACUGAAGAUGAUCAGGACAGCUCUGACAGUGCUGUGUCUACUGUUAAGGUCAGAUCCGGGGACUCUGUUAGCUCUGGAGAUCAAACCAGUGGAUCAGGUCAACAUCCAGAAUCAUUUGGGCAGUCAUCACAAAGUCGAGACUUUAUAGGUCUUGAUAAGCAACAUACAGUGCUAAUUUCAGAAUAUCAAAAAACCCCUCGGGAACGGGUUGAACAAGCCACGAAAUUAAGGAUGAGGAUGCCAAAUGACGGCAUUCAGAAAUCAGUUGGAAACCAGUCUCCAUCAACCUUCAGCCAACACAUGACUGGACAACCCAAAAAUGCACCUUUCCUCAAGAAGUGGUGGCUAAUAGUUGCUGGGCUCCUUGUUCUUGCCGUGGGGAGUUGGUGGUGGUACACUCGUGCUCCUGGGGUAGAAACCACUGCUGUGCAAGAGUUCCAGAACCAGAUGAAACAGCUUAAGAAUAAGUACCAAGGUCAAGACGAGAAGCUAUGGAAAAGGAGCCAAACAUUCCUGGAAAAACAUCUCAAUAGUUCCCAACCUCGGCCUCAGCCUGCUAUCUUGCUGCUCACCGCUGCCCGCGAUGCUGAAGAAGCACUGAAGUGUCUGAGCGAACAAAUUGCCGAUGCCUAUUCGUCCUACCGUAGUGUCCGUGCCAUCCGGAUUGAUGGGACAGGCCGAGCUACCCAGGACAGUGAUGCUGUGAAACUAGAGGUGGACCAAGAACUGAACAAUGGAUUCCUCAAUGGCCAGAACGCCGCGGUGGUGCACCGCUUCGAAUCACUGCCUGCGGGCUCCACUCUGAUCUUCUAUAAGUAUUGUGACCAUGAAAAUGCAGCCUUCAAGGAUGUAGCCUUAGUCCUGACUGUCUUGUUGGAGGAGGAGACACUUGAAACCAAUCUAGGCCUAAAAGAAAUUGAAGAAAAAGUGAGAGAUUUCCUCAAAGUCAAGUUCACCAACUCGAACACACCCACCUCCUACAAACAUAUGGACCCAGACAAAUUGAGUGGGCUCUGGAGCCGAAUUUCCCACCUGGUCCUGCCUGUCCAGCCUGAAAGUGCCCUGAAGAGGGGCAUCUGCUUAUAAGGGUAACAGAAGAGAAAUCAUGUCUCAACUUCUGAGAAUUUUUCUGACUUCUAAUCAGACAGAAUUCAGAGCUCUUUUUGAAAGAAUUGGUUUCUUUUUAAAGGAAGUUAAAUUUUUAUGUGAACAUGGAACAUCUAAAUCAUUUAUCUAGUCUGUUACUUGUUAUUUGAGAGAAGCGUUUCCCUGUUUCCAUUGAGAUCUGUGUUACUGGUGUCUGGGAACUAUAAGUUUAAAUGCAGUCCCAUAGAGGAUCGAUUUAGAUUCUGGGUUGAAUCAUUAUUGGUAUCACCAGUGGGAAGGACUAGAACAUUCUGUGAAGCCUCCUGAUUUUUAAUGUAGAGUUUUUUAUAGUUUGUUGAGUUAUUAAUAAGGCAGUUCCCUAAAGGCAACUGUGGGUUUUCCCAUUUUGUUUUCUUUUACAUCAUUUAGGUGUGAGUUUCUUAGUCAGCUUCUGCAUAUAGGAACAAGAUUAAUGGAAGGCUAUCUGGGUGUGUGUUGGGUUUUGGUUUUUGUUUUGUUUUUCUUCUUUGCUUUCGGAGGGUGGGGAGGAGGAGGCAAGGGAAAGGAGAAUGUGUGGAAUGCAGAAGGAAAGGAAGGAAAAAAAUAAGUCUUAAAGGUGAAAUGUUAACAUAAGUCACUGAGACUUAAAUUAGUCACACACAGUUAUCCAAAUGCCAUUCUCAAUUCUGUCAGGAUUUGAUUUGCACAUGUCUUUACCUUGUAAUAAAUUUCUGCUCCCGAAGAUUUUGAAGCAUGAUAUCACAAGGUAAAGUAUACUUGUUCUUUUGACUCUUAAGGGCAGGUAAAUCCAGAGCAGUUUAUUUUGGAUAUCCUGAAGUUUUAGAUUAAGAAAUAUAGUUUCUGGGGAAGGAAGGGAAAAAAAGGAAUAUGAUUUCAGGAUUUGGUAAACCAUUUGUUACCCAGCUUUCCUGAGCUGCGUUGAAGGAUUCAAUUUUCUGCGUGCCCACUUGUUGCAGUCUAAAUCCUUUAGUGACACUCUUAUAGCAAACAUAAAGAUUUACUGUGCCCAUGAUAAAUUUUAUUAAGAGUGCCUCAAGCCAAAAAGAAAGCAAACUUUGCUAUGUGUGAAGAAUGUUAAAGUGUACUACUGUGCAUUACUGUAUAUAUUUCACCUUCUGUAACAGCUUUCUCAUCUACCAACUGCUUUCUCAUUUACCAAAUUCCAGAGCCACCUUGUCUUUUUAAAUUAUCAACAAACCUUAAAAUGAAAAUACUGUUUUUAGAAAUCUAGAGCCAUUGGCUUCACCAUUUACCUUUUGAGGACCCCAUCACUGGUGGUAGAGUAUAGUCUAAUUUCUUCCCUCUGGGACUACCAGUGUUCAUACAUUUAUACCCCUCAGAAGUCAGAUCAUCUGAUUUAUAGAGGAUUCUAAAACGAGAGUUUUUGAAAAGCUUAUUUUAUACCUAUAUAUUAUAUGAAGAAACAAAUGUUUUUAUUAAAUGUUUCACUGACCAAAAUAAUUUUGAAGUAAUUAAUUUUGCUUACCUUCAG